AUGUACACAAAGGAUGAGGAAAUGACUUGUAAUCAGAUACUGUUUGCGUAUUCUACCCGCUUGACACUGAUACUUUUUAUUGAUGAGGCUCUCACCCACCCUGUCCACCUUUUAUCUUCAGUAGAGCUUCAGGAAGUGUCAGGCAAAGAUCUCCUGGCUGCAGCGGGAAGCAAGAAUGAUUAUUUCGCCGAAAAACCAUUGGAAAAUGACAGCGGAGACAGCGACCCAGAUGUUGUCCUCGUGGACUUCGAGGAGAACGACCCAGAAAACCCUUUGAAUUGGCUGCCAACACAAAAAUGGCUGAUUCUGUUCGUUAUCUCGUAG